GUAAAAAUGACGCAGCAAAUGUCGGACGAGGAGAAGGAAGAGGAGAAGCCGUUCGCGGUGGAACGAGCGAAAACCGGUCGCGCGAAAUGCAAGAAGUGCAAGUGUCCGAUAGAAAAAGACACGGUGAGGAUCGCGAAGCUCGUCGCGAAUCCGUUCUCCGACGGCAAGAUGAAGGCGUGGCAUCACUUGAGCUGCCUGUUCGAGGUGUUUGCCAAACAGAGGGCUACCACCAAGAGAAUCGAUGAUCCCGAGCAGGACAUUAGCGGAUGGGAGGAUCUCUCGGACGAGGACAGAAGCGCGGUUCUCCAUCGAAUCGAGGAGUUUGAAAAUUCGUCUCCGUUCAAGACGCCUAAGACCAAGGCAGCCUCCGGCACGAAGAAACGCAAAGUUACUCACGAUCAGAGCACCAAGCCGGACCCUUCGUCGAACAAAAAACCGAAGAACUCGGGAAGGAACGAUUCGGUGUCGUCCAGCGAAGAUGUAUCGGAUACUUCUGGAUCGAGCAAAAGUCCAGAAAAGGUGCGAAAACCAACGAGGGACGACGCGUUCGAGGUGUUCCAGCAGCUCUGCAACGACGUGGCCAAAGUCGACGCCUACACCGACAAGACGGCGAUCGUCAGAAAGAUGUUGACCAAAGGGUCGAGCGGUGAUGGUUUCAAGAGCUGCGUCAAACUCUGGUGCAGACUACUGCUUCCCGGCGCUGUGAAGAGGGUGUACAAUCUGCAGAGCAAACAGCUGCUGAAGCUGUUCUCGCGUAUACUGCUGCAGGACGAGGACGAAAUGCUGGAGCACCUGGAGCAGGGAGACGUGGCUGAAACCAUUCGAAUAUUUUUCGAGAAAAGCGUCGCCGUGAAACCGGCAGCGAAAAGCGUCCUUACCAUUCAAGAGGUGGACGAAUUUCUGCAAGAGUUGUCGCUUUUAACUAAGGAGGACGAGCAGAUCCAUCACUUUCGUUCGAUCGUUCGAAGAUGCACCGCGGACGACCUGAAGAUGAUCAUCCGGCUGAUCAAGCACGAUCUAAGGAUAAACGCUGGCCCGAAGCACAUUUUGGGUGCGGUGCACGAUGACGCCUACGAGGCCUUUCAAACAUCCAGGGACUUGAACAGCGUCAUCGAACGAUGUUUGGAAGGUUCCUCAAAAAUUGGGAAACCAUCUUCGUCGCCUGGCCAGUCUUCCAACACUAAGGUCACUCUUGCGCUGAUGACACCGGUCUUACCGAUGCUGGCGGAGGCUUGCAAGUCUGUGGAAAUGGCGAUGAAGAAAUGCCCGAAUGGAAUGUUGUCUGAGAUAAAAUACGAUGGUGAACGGGUUCAAGUACAUAAAAAGGGAAACGAAUUUCGGUACUUCAGCAGGUCCUUGAAACCUGUACUUUCUCAUAAAGUGAAUCUGUUUAAAAAUUAUAUUCCAAAGGCCUUUCCAGAUGGCGAUGAUCUAAUUUUAGACUCUGAAAUCCUCAUGAUCGAUACCAAAACUGGACAGCCAUUACCUUUUGGCAGCUUAGGCAUACACAAGAGAACUGAAUUUAAGGAUGCCAACGCAUGUUUGUUUAUCUUCGACUGUAUCUACUAUAACGGAGAUAUUUUAUUGCACAAGCCUAUGAUGCAACGGAGACGAAUUUUAAGGGAACGAAUGACAGAGAUACCAAACAGAAUAAUGCUCUCGAAAGUCAAGGAAGUCUAUAAUUCCCAAGAUUUGGCAGACAUGAUUGCUAAAGUUCUUAAAAUGGGUCUGGAAGGAUUAGUUCUCAAGGACAUUCAUAGCAAAUAUGAACCGGGUAAAAGACACUGGUUGAAGGUAAAAAAGGAUUAUUUAUACGAUGGAGCGAUGGCUGAUAGUGCAGAUCUCGUUGUGCUCGGCGCAUGGUAUGGUACUGGAAAUAAAGGUGGUAUGAUGUCUGUAUUCCUCAUGGGAUGUUUCGAUGAAGACCAUGACAAAUGGCUAACUGUAACCAAAGUGCACACAGGUCACGAUGACGCAACACUAGUGCUACUUCAGGACGAGCUCGAUAUGGUGAAAAUAGGCAAAGAUCCAACCAAGGUACCAUCUUGGUUGCACGCAAAUAAACCAAUGAUUCCUGACUUCGUUGCAAAGGAUCCAAAGAAACAACCAGUAUGGGAAAUAGCGGGAGCAGAAUUUACCAAUCAGGGUGUUCAUACAGCUGAUGGCAUUAGCAUUAGAUUUCCACGGGUAACACGUAUUCGCCACGACAAGGAUUGGUCCACUGCCACCACACUGAAUGAGUUACGACAUCUUUUUAAAAAAAAUUCAGAGUCAAUAGAUGUUAGUCUUCUUUUACCCUCAAACUCUGAAUGUAAACAAGAAAUUGAUAACAAAAUUAUAGCUAAGCAGAGUACGUCCUUAGACAUAGGAACAAUUUCUGACCAGAAAUUAAAAUCUCCGUUAAAGAAAAAUAACAAGUUAAAAAUUGAAACGUCACCUCUGAAGAAGCUCCAUGGAAAGUCAGAAAUUAAUACCGACUGUGCGGUAUCCAGUUCUAGUAAAAAAAUUAACAAGCAAAAGUAUAACGGAGAAGGGACCAAUAUUUCGGAUCAAGAGGACGAGGGAAAGGCAGAAUUUUACACUUUCAUAGAUAAGGAUUAUAUCGAGUACACUGCAGCGGGAAUUCCAUUAAAUUGGAUUGAAGGACGAAAACCGAGAAACGGUCUUCCAUCAGAUGCAAAACCAUUACACAGUUUAAGAAGUAGUGAAUUGAAGGCUAAUAGUAUUUUAAAGGGUGCACCAGUCAGCCUAGCGUCGAGUUUUAGGAAGAGCAAGCGAAAGUCCGUUCGCAAGGUGCUCAAGACACUUGGAGCCAAAAUUUUGAAAGAUCAAGAGAAGUCUGCAGCUACAUACGUGAUUCAUCCUUCCAAGGAGAUUUUAUCUUCUGCUGUUCACGACUUCGAGGAUAUACCAAAGACGGCGAGGCAUGUGAACAUCUCUUGGGUAGAGGCGAUUGCAUCGGUUUCUGAAAUUCAACAAGCAGGGGAACAUGCUGUGGAACUGGCUGCGGAUUACUGCUCGUGUCCUUGUUUACACCGAUGACACCCACCUCAAGAUUUAUUUCUCGCGAAUCAUCUUUCUCGACCUUACCUUGUUUUUGCUCUUUCUGAACAUUCGUUGCAGUCACUAGCAUCAAGGAAUUAUAAGACAGAACCGAAAUCGUGUGUUAUUUCCAUGCAAUUUGUGAUCAUAUUUAUACAUAUAUUUCAUAGUUCAACAUAGUUAUUGAUAUUCGUAAUUGCAACCUUCUAGAAAUAAUUUUAAAAUGUUCUACUAUUGAAUAAUUAUCAGACAUGAGUUAGAGGUAUUUUUAAAGGUAUGUUUGAGAAGACUCGUGACUUUAGUCGUAGCAAAUAUAUGGAUAUACCUGGACUAGAUUACUUACCUUUGACAUACUUUUCGUUCCGUAUGUCCAUUGUGAACGCCCAUAUUACUCCCUUUGCGUUCACAGAUGUACGAUAUUCACUUAUACGCAUCAGCAUGUUAUCCUUAGAAUAUUUCAUAUUGAUCGAAAUGGAUUAUUUCGGAAGAGUCGAGUGAUCUCAUACGUUCGAAUAAAAUUGCGAAUUUUUUUACAUCUGUAAUCAUACCUAUCAGAUGUAUUUGGAGAAAAGGGAAU